UUGCCUCUGACAAAAUGAGCACAACAAUAAUGACAUUGAAAUGGCGGCAGAAAUACAAAAGCAGAAAAAGGCCAAAGAAACUGAAACAACGAACAAUUGCAACAAGCACUGCCCCAGCAACACCAAGAACACAUGCCACAAAAGAAACAACAACAACAACAGCAAAAGCAACACGAAGAACCAGCAGACUGAGAGAGACCAGAGAUCAGAGGGAGCGGAGCAAGAGGAGGAGGAUGCUGCAGCAGCAGCAGCAACAUCACAGAAAAUGGCUGCCAAAUGAACGACACAGAAACGUCGCAAAAAUGUUGCAAAUGCAGCAAACUGCAACAACAAAUCCCACACAAUGUCAAGCAAUUAAAGCGGCAGCAGCCUCGACAAUGGCUUCCAGCUGGAGCGUCAGCCAUUGUCAGUCACAGCAGAGACAGCUGCAGGAGCUGCAGCUGCAGCAGGACCAGCACCGGCACCAGCACCAGCACCAGCACCAGCACCAACGGCGACAUCCAUUUCCGGCGUCGGUACAGACGCUGCUUCUCUGCUUGGGCCUAUGCCUGGGAAUGGCAGCUGCUGCUGGCUCUGGCUCUGGCGCUGGCGCUGGAGGAGGAAUGGGGGCCGGGGCGGGAGCAGGGACAAGUCCUGGCAAACCUGCCAGUUUGCAAAUGGCGCCUGCUUCCGCCUCCAGCUCGGCGGCCGGCUGCUCCCUGGCGGAAUACAGCUGCUCCAAUGGACGCUGCGUGCCGCUGAGCAAGUACUGCAACAACCUCAACGACUGCGGCGAUGGCAGCGAUGAGCCACGCUUUUGCACACGCUGUAAUCGCACAUACUACGGAGAUAUAGGACAGACGUACUCCUUGGAGCUGCACCGACCCAAACAGGAUCGCGUGCCCUUUGUGUGUGUUCUCACGUUCACGGCGGCAGGUGGCCAACACGGCGACGUGGUGCAGGUCACCCUGGACAGCUUCACGAUUGGCAGGUUCACCUCCUACGUGCACGAGGGCUGCCCGGAUGGAUAUAUGCAGAUAGCGGAAUCGGCUCGCACCCCCAUCGGGGGCAUGUGGUGUGGCAGCUCCUGGGGGCCAGUGCUCUUCUACAGCGAGACGCGCUCCCUCAUCUUCACCAUCAAGCUGAACAGACUGGCGAGGGAUCAAAGCGGCUACAACUUCGACUUCCGCAUUCGAUACAAGGUUCUGUCGCGGGACAGUGCUGUCACCCGCUACGGAGGGAUUAAGCUGGCAGAGCUCGCCCAGUGGCACAACCGCAGCAGCUUCCUCAAUCAGCAGCAGCAGCAGCAGCAGCAGCUGCAUCAGCAACAGCAACAACAACAGCACCAGCAGGAUGGCGGUGUCUUAGAGGACUUUACCAACUCCAGCGGCGCCCGUUCGGAUCGGUAUGGACAGGACUUUAGCCUGUUCAGUGCGUAUGUGAACAACAAGACCUUCAUGGCAUCCCUGGAAAAGUCGCUGGCCAAGGACGAGCAGAACUACACCGAGCCCAAGUACUAUCUGGGGGAUCUCAUUCCGGGCACUUACUGCUCGAGGAUCUUCAGUGACUGCGACAAGAAGUCCUGUCGCCUGCAGUCGCCCAACUACCCAGGCAUCUAUCCCCGGAAUCUGACCUGCUACUAUGCCGUGCGCCAGCACGACGUGCCCCAUGGCAAACACGCUCUGAUUCUAGUCAAACAGCCCAAGGGCAAUCUGGUGUGGAUCUCUACCCAGGAAACGGCGGCGGCCAACAAAAUGGCGCCACCGCCCAGCGCCAGUGACAAGGACAAGAAGUUUGAGCCGAGGCUGAAAACAUGGAACGACUGCGAUUACAUUCAGGAAAGUGUUAAGCCCAGAUGGAAAUCGACGGACUACGUGACCGUCUACGAUGGCUACACCACACGUGACCCCAUCAUAUUGAAGUUCUGCGGCGGAGGUCAGGCGGUGCCGGCGGCCGUUUCCAGCGGCCCGGAAUUGUUGGUCGAGUUCAGCACGUCCCCGUUUGGCACCUUUACGGGCACCUCAUCGCAGGUGCUGCCACUCUACGGAUUCCAACUGGAGGUCGAAGUUCAGUUCGUGGACAUCCAGAGCCCCACGUACUCGAAGAACAAGAAACCCUGCGAGUUCUGGAUCCGCGGCGCUGGUCGCGGCAUCCUCGAGAACCCGAAGCACUCGCUGGCCCCCAAUUCCACGUGCCUGUACCACCUCCAGGGCAUGGGCGUCUUCAAGACCUUCGACCACCUGAGCCUGUCGCGUCGCAUCAACAGUCAGUCGGGUAUGCACCAGCCCCUGUCGCGCUUCAAGGUCUGGAUAUCUGUGCUGAAGUUCAAUCUGGACCCGGAGUUUGGUCAAAUGGAUGAGACAUCCGUGGGUGCCAUUGGCGUGCUGCAGACCCAGGAGGACUGCAGCGGAAUGCUGCGCAUCUGGGAUGGCACACUCAGAGAUCCGCCCGUAUGCAAGGACCUCAACUGCGUUACGGAAACCAAUAGCUACAACACUGUCGGGCAUUACGCCCACAAUUCCACCAAUGUGAUUGCCCGAUUCUGUCGUGGCACGAUUCCGCGCACCUGCGACCGCUCCAACAUCAACGAGACCUAUGCCAGACCCUGCACCAUCUCCGAGAGCUACGUUUCCAGCAACGAUGCCAUCACCCUGGAGCUGCGCAACACCGAAUCCACAGUGUUGAGACCACUGGACUUCAAGCUAAAGUACGAGUUCAUUGACCUGCACCAGGACGGACUGCCAUGGGGCGGCGGGGAGCACGACUGCAACAGGAAGUUUCUCAGCAGCAUGAUGGACCGCAAGGACCCAGCGAUCUUCCGCAGUGUCCGCAACAUCUUCCUGUUUGGCAGGGGCGGCACUCGCCACCUGAAGUGCAUCUACAAGUUCGAGGCGCAGCGCGGCGAGAGGGUGCGUAUCAAGCUGCGGAAGGUGACGACCACCAAUCGGAACUGCUACUCGCGGCUGGACGAGGACAUCAAUCGAUCCUUCUGCUACGGAGACACCAAUGUCAGGAUUGAGAUCUUUGAGCGACCCUAUCACGACUCGAUUCUGCUGCAUCGUGGCUGUGUCUGCAACUCCUCGAAUCAGUCCCACCUGCCCGUGGAAUACACAUCGACUGGACGCGAUGUGGAGGUCCACUUCGUUGCCCAGAACAUGACCACACUGGACGACCCGGACACGGUGAACUUUGAGGGAAUGUUUGAGUUUGUGAAGGCCCCUACAAGCUGCAAGGAUGGACGGCGCAAGUUCGGCCCCAGUGGCACCAUAGACAUGACCUUUGGCGAUGUUGAAUGCCGCUCCAGACCCUGGCUGAUUGAGCCCUCGAAUGGCAACAAAUUCCUGUAUGUGCGCCUCAAGGCCAUCUUCCUCAGCAAAUACAACCCCACAAAGACCCUGAACUCGACCUACCUGCAGACGGACACCUGGCGCUGUGAGACCAAGUCGAGGGCUGUGCUAACUACAUCCGAAGGUCUGACCAUUGUGGCCUGUCCGCUCAGCCCCGACUCGAACGGCUAUGAGUUUGUGGAGAUUUACAGCUCUGGCUGGAACGAGCGACCCAACUUUGCUCUCGUGAAUCGGUCCAGGGCCAUCAGCGUGGAGUUCUUGCGCCCUGGCAAUGGGGAGUACACCUUCAACUGGAUGGAGCUGGUGCCAAGGCCCACUCUAAGCAUGGCGGAGGACUGCCAGUUCAAGUGCCCGGAACUAGGGGCCUGCGUGAAUGCCAGCGUCUGGUGCGACGGCGUCAUCCACUGUCCCUCGGGCGACGAUGAGGCCUUCCUGCAGUGCUCGGCACUGAUGAAGCUUCCAGUUGAAAUUCUGGCCACGCUCUGUCUGAUCUUUGUGCUCUCGUGUUGUGCAUUUGCUGCUUUUGCCUACAAGAAAAUCAAACGCAAAUUCCGCGGCUCAUCGGUGCUACAGACGCGCCUCAAGUCGCUCAGCUCCAUGGACACGGCCGUGCUGGAUGAAAAGGAGAAAAAGGCCGUCGUUGAGACCAAGAUCUAAGGCUUGGGGAUCAAGGGAGAGAGCAAGGCAAAGCCAUAUGCCCGGCCGGGCGAAAGGAGGGAGCAGGGAUCAGGGACUCCAAAGAGGCAACACAGAGAAUGAAAUCAAUCUCUGCAGUUGAAAAUGCAUUUUGUUGAAACUCUUUCUUUCCUUUUAAGAACUGUAAAUAAAGUCGAAUAGAAGCUGUAUGAUAUUAACAAUUUUA